UUCUUUCAAGCUUGCAGUUUCUUGUACUUACAAUAGUUUGAAUUGAAUACACCAUUUUCAAUUCCGCCCAUCUGUCAAUCUUUUAGGAUUGAUCAUCUGCAUUCUCCUGAUCUUGUUGCAAUUUGGAUCAUCAACUCCUUAAAAUUAUAUAACCACUCCGAGAAAACUCAAGUUGUGUGGAGCUCCUUGACUACUUUUGGGAAGCUUUAAGUUCUAAAAAUGGCCCUCUCUAUACAAAGGUCUGAGAGUAUAGCAGAACGGCUGCCAGAAGCAGUGAGGCAAAAUCGAUAUCAAAUUCGAAGGUGCUUUUCAAGGUAUGCAUCUCAAGGCAAAAGGAUCAUGCAACCACAACAGUUAUACAAUGAACUUGCAGAUUUGAUAGAGGACCCUGCUGAAAGGAAGAAGAUUCAACAGGGCACGCUUGGCCAGAUGUUACAGUCCAUACAGGAAGCUGUUAUUGUUCCACCAUUUAUUGGCUUAGCUGUACGACAAAAACCUGGAAUCUGGGAGUAUGUCCGAGUCAAAGUUGAUGAUCUUUCAGUAGAGGAGCUUACAGUAGCUGAGUACCUGCAACUAAAGGAAUGCCUUGUAGAUGACGAGUGGUCCAAAGAUGAUUAUGCAUUGGAACUGGAUUUUGAACCUUUCAAUGCAUCCUUCCCUAGAAUGACCAGGCCUUCAUCAAUUGGUGAUGGAAUAAAUUUUUUAAGCAAGAAUCUUUCAUCUCGCCUCUUUCAUGAUGGGGAAAGCAUGCAGCCUUUGCUGGAUUUCCUACAAAUGUGUAAGCAUAGGAGACAGAAAUUCAUGGUAAAGGAGGAAAUAAACAGCCUUUCUAAGCUUCAAUCAGCCUUAAGUACAGCAGAGGAAAUAUUAUCUAGCCUUCCAAAGGAUACAACAUAUGAAGAGAUUGAUCGCAGGUUGCAAGCUAUUGGACUGGAGAAAGGAUGGGGAGACAACACAACCCAUGCUCUUGAAAUGAUACAUUUACUCUUGGAGAUCAUACAGGCACCGGAUCCAACUACUUUGGAGAAGUUUUUAGGAAAAAUACCCUCUGUAUUCAGUGUGGUAAUAUUCUCUCCACAUGGCUACUUUGGGCAGGCAGAUGUUUUGGGAUUACCCGACACUGGUGGACAGGUUGUGUAUAUAUUGGAUCAAGUGAAGGCAUUGGAGGAGGAAAUACUACUCAGAAUACAGCAGCAAGGAUUAAAAAUUACACCUCAAAUCCUCGUGGUAACUCGGCUCAUUCCCGAGGCACAAGGUACUAAAUGCAACCAAAGAAUCGAGAAGAUAAUUAAUACACAACAUUCACAGAUACUGCGAGUACCAUUCAGAACAGAAAAAGGGGUUCUGCGUCGUUGGGUUUCUCGAUUUGAUGUCUGGCCCUACCUGGAAAAAUUUGCAGAGGAUGCAACACAGGAAAUAAUUGUUGAAUUGCAAGGAAAGCCAGACCUUAUAAUUGGAAACUACAGUGAUGGGAAUCUUGUGGCUUCUUUGGUUGCAAAGAAACUGGGGGUCAUUCAGUGCAACAUUGCACAUGCUUUGGAGAAGACCAAAUAUGCAGAUUCAGACAUAUACUGGAAAAAAUUUGAUGAGAAGUACCAUUUCUCAUGUCAAUUCACAGCAGACAUUCUUGCAAUGAAUCAAGCUGAUUUUAUUAUUACAAGCACAUAUCAGGAAAUUGCAGGAAGUAAAGAUACUGUUGGGCAGUAUGAAAGCCAUGCAGCUUUUACACUUCCUGGGGAAUAUAGGGUAGUUUCUGGCAUUGAUGUUUUCAGUCCCAAGUUCAACAUUGUAUCCCCUGGAGCAGAUAUGAGCAUCUACUUCCCUUACACUGAGAAGCAACGUCGUCUUACUAAUUUUCACCAGUGGAUUGAAGAUCUGUUGUUCAGUCCUGACCAAACUGCUGAACACAUAGGUUUUCUCAAUGAUAGAAAGAAACCCAUCAUCUUUUCCAUGGCUAGGCUGGACCGAGUGAAAAACAUGACAGGGCUGGUAGAAUGGUUUGGAAAGAACAAACGGUUGAGGAAUCUUGUGAAUCUUGCUGUGGUUGCUGGCUUCAUUAAUGCCUCUCAAUCAAAGGACAGGGAAGAAAUAGCAGAAAUUGAAAAAAUGCAUAACCUUAUUGAAAAGUAUGAUUUGAAGGGUGACUUUAGAUGGAUAUGUGCUCAGAAAGACAGAAUACGAAAUGGAGAAUUAUAUCGCUAUAUUGCUGACACAAAAGGAGCUUUUAUACAGCCUGCUCUUUAUGAAGCCUUUGGGCUUACUGUUAUUGAGGCCAUGACAUGUGGCCUUCCAACAUUUGCUACAUCAAAAGGAGGUCCUGCUGAGAUCAUUAUUGAUGGUGUUUCUGGAUUUCACAUCGAUCCCAAUAAUGGCGAUGAAAAUAGUAACAAGAUUGCUGUCUUUUUUGAGAGAUGCAAACGAGAGACAAACUAUUGGAGCGAAGUAUCAGAUGCAGGGCUCCAACGCAUAUAUGAAAGCUACACCUGGAAAAUUUAUGCACAGAAGUUGAUAAAUUUGGCUGCUGUGUAUAAUUUCUGGAAAUACAUAUCAAAGCGUGAAAGCCGCCAGACUCAACGCUAUAUGGAAUUGUUUUACAUACUCAAGUACAGAAAAUUAGUCAAAAAUGUUCCUAUAUAUACAGACGAACAGCAGACCCAAAAACCAGUGGAAGGAAUAAAACCAACACAAGAAGAAUACAAAUCUAAAAGUCAAGUUGGUGGCCAAUCACGAAUUAAGAGGGUUCUGACAAAAUACUUCUGUUCAAAUGGAAUACCAAAAGGAUCCGAUGAUUCACCUUUGAAGGAAGAAAAACAUACUUGAUCAUAUGGCAUCUGUGCCACUAGAUUUUAUCUGGAAUUUUUCUAAAAAAGCUGGGUUAAGGUUACUUUUCUUGAUGUAAAAUAUUAUUGGGUGUGUGAGUUUUUCCCAUUAAGGAUAAAAUUAAACUAAGAGGUUUUGAAACACAAAGAUUGCCUCAUAUAUGAUAUAUUUAUCAUCAUAAGGCACAUGCAAAGUGCAUAUUGUUAUCUAUUUUUUCUUUCAGUAUGAUAAGCAAAAUUUGAAUUGUAUUUCAUUUUUUUAAUUAUUAAAUAAAAUUUUUAUAAUAUUUGAGAUUAAAAAA